CGCACUAUGGUCUGCGGCUCUGCCAGAGCGUCGCCAAGCGGAGGCGAACUCGGUGGUGCCGGCGGCGAAGCGUCUUCCCGUGGCGCAGGCGCGCUGAGCGGCGGCCAUGGCGACCUUCUUCGGGGAGGUGGUGGUGGCGCCGUCCCGCGCCGGCGUGGACGACGAGGAGGAGGCCCGCGAGGAGAGCCCCGAGGACCGGGAGAUCCGCAGGGAGCUGGAGAAGAAAAGGGAGGUCGACGUCCUCUGGACCCUGAAGCCGGGCGCGCCCACGGAGGGCUCUGCCGAGGGGCCGUUCGUGUGCUCUAGGCUGAUAGUGGCGGUGGGACACAACGCCGCAGCUUUCCUGUCUUCCUUUAUUCUGGAUUCUGUAUGUUGGGAAGUAGUUGGAGUUGUGAAGUUGUGGAAUGAGUGGUGUCGAACAUCCAACACAACAAAUGUCCUCCCAACAGAUUCCUUCUGUUUGUUUUACCGAUCAAUAUCAGAUCCGACAGUUUUGUUGUGCCAGUGUAGUUGCUAUGUUGCUGAGGACCAACAGUUCCAAUGGCUUGAAAAGGUUUUUGGCUGUAUACGAAAGGAGGGCUUGCAAGUCACCAUUCUGUCAACGUGUCCUGUAGCUGAUUAUAAAACUCAGGAAUCCACUUUAACACUUCCAUCUCCAUUUCUGAAAGCCUUGAAGACAAAAGAAUUCAAAGAGCAGGUGUGCUGCCCACUGCUGGAACAACCUAACAUUGUGAGAGAUCUUCCUGCUGCUGUUUUGAGUUACUGUCAAGUAUGGCAGGUUCCUGCAGUGCUGUAUCAGUGUUACACUGAUAUCAUCAAACUGGACACAGUUACAAUUGAAGCCUUCAAGCCUCUGCUUUCUUCUAAAAUCCUGAAGAGUUUAGUCAAGGAUGUAUCUGAAAGCACAAAGAUUUUGAAGAAGUUACUGACAACUAAUGAAACUCACAAUAAUAUCUAUAUUUAAAGAGGACAUUUAUGACGCAGACUGCACUUUUGUAAACUCCAGUUUCUUCUGUAAAGGACAUUUUGGAAUUGUAGUUGUUUCCUUAGAAGUGGAAUAAAUUCCAGUAGAUUUUCUGCCCUCAUUUUUGUUACUUUCACAUUCAUCACUACAAACACAUAUAUUUCUUCUGCAUGGCUUGGGAGACUUUCUUCUGGAGUGAUUUUAGAAAAGAUAGCCUGAAUAUGAAAAGCAGCUUCUUUUUCCCCUCCUGAAGGGAUAGUCUAAUCUAAAUGUAUACCUUUUACAUGUAAAAGCAGAAAUGCAGUUAAGGAAUUAUGUCUGUAUCUAAUGAGAACACCUAUUUUUUACUUUAUUUUGAGACAAAUGUUUUCCAAAUAUUCGAUCCUCUUUAAAGAUUUGACUGUGAUGGAGAAAAUAUGAUCUGCAUCUUUUUACAUACGUGUAUAUUAUUUUGUCUGUGUCUGUGUAUGAAUGACACAUAUAUAUGUACAUGUGCACAUUUUUUAUAUAUGUGUUGAUACGAAAUAUAGUAAGUAAAGUAUGGUAAAGGUAUUUAGAACAUAAGGGUAACAGCUUCAGAGUUCUCUACCAGGUUUUACUUUGACUUGCACUGGAUGCCCAGUGGACAUACUUGAACAGCGUAUUCCUUUGACAGAACCGUCAUCCCCCCAGGUUUGAAAGUGGUUGGCUUAGUCAGCACCCACUGAAGCAAGUAACCCCCGGCUUCAGCAGGCCCCCUACAGCUUCUGGUUUUGGAAAUUUUUAACUGUACACUGCAUCACAUUUGCAACAGUAGUAGAAUAUUUUUGAUGUGGAUAUCAAGUUGCCUGUCAGUUAAGACACUGAUUUAUAAUGCUCGAAGUGGUAGUGUAUUUGGAACAUACUGAAGCAUGGAGUGCAGGACAUGGUUCCUUCUUUUUUUUUUUUUUUUUUUCAUUUCCCGUUUCUGUGCAGCAUUUUAAUUAAAAUCUGUUUGUGUGGGUGAUUGGAGGUGAGAAUUCUCUUGCUCUGAAAGAGUUGCACAUUGAUUGCACCAUUUUCUUUCUUGCUUAAUGAACAUGUUUGAUUUGUAAUAAAGUACCUAACGAAAUAUAUUUAAUAAUAAAAAUGCAGGCUCUUACAGGAACUGUAAAUAUAUUUCUAGUGCUGCUUUUAUCACCCAUGGAGUUAACUACCUGGUUUUAUGCUGAGGUAUGAGAAUACUCUUAAACACCUUCAAUAAUAAAGGCAAACAAAACACUCUAGUAACUCGGAAGAUGCAAUUAUAAAGACUGAAAACUGGUGCAUUGCCAGAAUGCUCCAAAGACUGAUUAUUCUUGCUUAAGGGUGUGAUAGCUCUCCAUAGCUGGAAAUGUUAAUGUAGAAUGGUGGUGUUUCUUACAUUGGAUACUACUGAGCUACUGGUUUCACCCUGUGUAUCCAGGUAUGUUUCUGUGAUCCACGUCAUAGAUGAGGUCAAGCUUUGUGCAAUAGUAGUUCUCUCUGGUGUGACACUACAUAGGCCAGGGCAUGUGCAUACCGUGUACUGAGUAAGACUCCUCCUUGCCAGUGUCAGCUGGGUUGUGCUGUAUAAAUCUGAAACGUCAACCUUUUCCAGUACACGUUAAGUACUAUAGGGCAGUGAAAGGAGAUACUUCAAUUUAAAAUUCCUUAUGUCUUUUUACGUAAUUUGGUGUAUGAAGUAGCUCUCAUUCUCCCCCUUAAAUAAUUCUGGAAGCAUCAGAAAUAGUGAUGCCUGAGGCCUGAGUAUCUCGUAAGAUGUGAGCAUUGGCAGAAGAGUUUUUCAUAGCAGAACAUUGCGAAGUCAUUUGGUUUUUUGUUUUUUGUUUUUAUUUUUUUUUCCUCCUUCUCUGCUCUCCAGUAUCUAGUAAGAGCCUGCAAUAAGGUUUUCUUUGUUUCUAACAGCUGCCGGUUUCUGUAAUACUUGCAGGAGUGUAUAAACUUGUCAAGUGUGGCAGAUGGCUUCAGAAGCCUUGGGGGAAGAAGCACAUUCUUGCUUGCAUGUCUGAAAUGAGAUUUGUUUCAUUAAGGUGUACUGGUCUAAAUGCAAAUAAUGAAACCAAAUAAACUAUUAGACUGGAA